GGGAAACUGAGGCCGGGAGGCAGAGGGAGGGGCGUCUCUGCUUCGGCCGCGCCCCGGCGGGGGUCGGCACCGGGAGGGGCGGGGACGGGGAGGGGGUCCCGGUGCGCCCGCUACACGGAAGCCCGGCGCCGGAGGGCGGGUCCGGGCGGAGGAAGAGGCCCCGGGGCUCACGGCUCCGCCGCGCCAGCGCCCGCCUCCCCAGCGCGGCUCCGCGGUCCCGCCUUGCAGGGCAGCCCUCCACGCGGGCUCGGGGAUCGUCCGCAGGCGUCCACGCCCCCGUCUCGCAGCCCCGGGGCGGCUCAAGCGUCCUCGUCCCGGAAGCUCCGCCGUCUCGUCUCGCGAGGCUCCGCCGCCCGCCCAGGCCUCGGCCGUCCCACCGCGGCGUCCGCCCCUGGCGCAACGCGGAGGCCCGGUGGCGCGACGGCCGGAGCCGCGGCCCUGCGCUCCCGCUCGGCGUCCGCCCGCGCCGCCCGUCCGCCGGCCUGCGCUGUUGGGGGCAGCGAGAUGUUCACUCUGCCUCAGAAGGAAUCCAAGACACCUACCACCUGUCCAGGCCCAGCCUCCACACAGGACCUGGACAGUAACCAUGGGGAUGGUCUGGAAAGAGAAUGCUCUAGAAAGCCAGACUGGAAGCUGCCAGAGUUCUGUGGAGGGGGUGAUCCUACCGCCACAGCGUCCUCUGGCAGCUCCCACCUGUCCUCUAGAGGAAGCAUCAUUAAAUGGUUCUGGGACUCAGCUGAGGAGGGCUACCGGACCUACCACAUGGACGAGUACGAUGAGGAUAAGAACCCCAGUGGCAUCAUUAACAUGGGCACCAGCGAGAACAAACUCUGCUUUGACCUGCUGUCCAGGCGGCUGAGUCAGAGCGACAUGCUGCGGGUGGAGCCAUCUCUGCUGCAGUACCCUGACUGGAGGGGACAUCUGUUCCUCCGGGAGGAAGUGGCCAGAUUCCUCUCUUUCUACUGCAAGAGCCCGGCACCCCUGAAACCAGAGAAUGUGGUGGUUCUGAACGGCUGUGCCUCUCUCUUCUCUGCUCUGGCCACAGUGCUGUGUGAGGUGGGGGAGGCGUUCCUGAUCCCUGCCCCUUACUAUGGAGCCAUCACACAGCACGUCUAUCUCUAUGGCGGCGUCCGACUGGUCUGUGUCUAUCUGGACAGUGAGGUCACUGGGCUGGACACACGCCCCUUCCAGCUCACAGUGGAGAAGCUGGAGAUGGCCCUGCAAAGAGCUAACUUUGAGGGUGUGAAGGUCAAAGGCCUCAUCCUCAUCAACCCCCAGAACCCUCUGGGUGACAUCUACUCCCCAGGAGAGCUGCGGGACUACUUGGAAUUUGCCAAGAGGCACAAGCUGCACGUGAUGGUGGAUGAGGUCUACAUGCUGUCCGUGUUUGAGAAGUCGGCGGGGUACCACAGCGUCCUAAGCCUGGAAGGGUGAGGCUGCCCCACCAAAUCUGACUCUGCCAGCCCCCCAGUCCCCCACGGUGCCCUGGCCCCUUGGCUCGGCCCUCAGGAUGUGGCCUAAGUUCAUUUCCUCUCACAUCCAGCUAAUCCCACCGUCCUCAGAUCCCCUAAGGAGAACAUGGGAAGCCAGGCUGCAUCAUGGGUUUUCACAUUGUUCUGUGGGGUUUCUGUAGAGCCCCAAGGAGGGGCCGGGCCAUAGGAUUCCUGGUGGGGGGAGGGUGGUGCUGCGAGGGUGGGAACUGGCCUUCUUUGCUGUUUUCCAGAGUAGCUCUAGCUUUAUCCAUUCACUCACUCACUUACCCAUUCAUUUACCCUUUCAUUCAUUCAUUCAUUCACUCAGUCGUUCACUCCCUCCCUCAUUCACUCACUCCCUCAUUCACUCCCUCCCUCCCUCAUUCACUCCCUCCC